AAGCUCUUUUUAUUGCUCGUUUCUCUUUUUCUUUCUCUCUUUUUUUCCUUAGGCAGGAAUUAUUAUAACAAUAAAGGAAACUCACAAAAUUUUUCUCCAAAUCCCACAACCAUAAGUCAUGAGCUGUUUUUACCUUUCCUGGUAUUCUCUUCCAGUCCCUCCUCAUCUACAGUGACAUUGACUAGAUUCAGUUUUGAGGAGAGACACUGCUGAUCCUGUAACAUGGAGGAUUGUCUUCAUACCUCAUCUGAGAAUCUGUCCAAAUUGGUCAGCUGGGCCCACAGCCAUGGGACUAUUUGCAGCCUCAUUCCAAACCUGAAACACUUGCUCUCUGAAGGUUCCCAUGGGAACCUGACAGCAAUGUGGGGCUGUAGUGCUGGCCAUGCUUAUCACUGGCCACUAACGGCUACUUGCAGAGCUGGGUCCCAAGAGAGGGUCUGUUUCCAGGAUAACAGAAGUUUUAACUCUGAUAGUCCCAGCAUAAUUGGGGUGCCCUCUGAGACACAGACUAGCCCUGUUGAAAGGUACCCUGGGCGACCAGUGAAAGCAAAGCUAGACUGUAACCGGACCAGAGACUCUUGUGACUUCUCCUAUUGUAGUGAGCCCUCUGAACUGGAUGAAGCUGUUGAAGAAUAUGAAGAUGAGAACACCCUGUUUGACAUGGUUUGUGAGUCUUCUGUUACAGAUGAGGAUAGUGACUUUGAACCCCAGACCCAAAGGCCUCAAAGCAUUGCUCGCAAAAGACCUGGGAUAGUCCCAUCUUCCCUCCAUUCAAGCUCCCAGGCGCAGAUGAUUGACGAAUGCAGCAAUGAUGUCAUCAUUAAGAAAAUCAAACAAGAGAUCCCCGAAGAUUAUUACAUUGUGGCAAAUGCAGAACUGACAGGAGGGGUAGAUGGACCAGCCCUGUCCUUGACACAGAUGGCAAAACCCAAGCCUCAGACUCAUGCCGGUCCCUCCUGUGUAGGGUCUGCUAAACUGAUUCCCCACGUAACAUCUGCCAUCAGCACGGAGCUAGACCCACACGGUAUGUCUGCAUCCCCCUCUGUGAUCUCCAGACCAGUUGUCCAGAAGACUGCUAGGGUAUCUCUGGCUUCGCCAAACAGAGGACCCCCUGGUAGCCAUGGUGCCAACCAACAGGUGGCCAUGCAAAUGCCUGUGAGCACAUCCCAUCCUAACAAACAGAUCAGUAUCCCCUUGUCUGCCCUGCAGCUGCCUGGACAGGAUGAGCAAGUUGCUUCUGAAGAGUUCCUGUCCCAUCUGCCCAGCCAGGUCUCCUCCUGUGAGGUAGCCCUUUCUCCCUCAGUUAACACAGAGCCAGAAGUGAGCUCCAGUCAGCAGCAGCCCCCAGUGGCUCCAGCCAUAACCACUGAGGCCACAGCACAGUGCAUACCAGACCAGGAUGAAAGAGCAGCUGAGCUCAGCAGGGAGCAGAACGAGAAAACCAUCCGGAGCACGCAGACCGCGCUCCGCAAUUUCCGCGAGUUCCUCAUCUCCAAGUAUCCUUCUGAAACAAGAGAGAUUUAUGUCAUCCCUUGCAAGGAGUUGGAUGCCUACCUUGCGUCCUUCUUUGUUGAUGCCAGGCAGAAGGAUGGGUCCGAAUACGAACCCAACAGCUUGGCCAAUUAUCAGUGUGGGCUUGAAAGGUACCUCAAAGAACACAGGUAUGGCUACAGCAUCACCAGGGAUAAGGAAUUCAAGCGUUCCCAAGAGGCCCUGAAGCAGAAGCAAAUUGAACUCCGCUGCAAAGGAAAAGGAAAUAAGCCACACAAGUCCAUGAAGCUCACCUUUGCUGAUGAGCUCAUCCUGCGGAAAAGGGGAUUGCUAAGCCGAUAUAAUCCUGAGGGUUUGCUCAACCUAGUCUGGCUCAACAAUACAAAAGCUUUUGGGCAUUGCACAGGCUUCCAUGGAUCUACCUUAAAAUGGGGUGAUAUCCGGCUCCGGGUAACAGAGACGGGUCUGGAGUACUUGGAGUGGAUGGGUCAGGACACAGGGGACCUGAAUGCCAAAACCAAGAGAGGGGGGACAGACUCCCGUGUGUAUGCCACCCAGCAUGCCCCGCAGACCUGCCCCGUCCAGGACUAUAAGGAGUAUGCCCAGCGGCGGCCUCCUGCCAUGCGCUAUGAGGAUGCCCCUUUCUACUUAUCCAUCAAGCCGGUCGUGAACUUGGCGGCUCUGCAUUGGUACAACUGCCAGGCCCUUGGCAAGAACAAACUGGCCAAGAUGGUGAAGACCAUGUGUGAGAAGGGCAACAUCCCCGGCAGGAAAACCAACUUCAGUGUGUAUCAGAGCUGCAGCACAUUGUCUGAGGCCCAGAGCAAUCAGCUGGUGCUGAUCUGUAACAAUCUGAGCCAACAGGCUGCCCAGUCAGUGGCGGGGCACUCCAACAAUGGCAAUUUCAUCGUCUCCGCCUCCUAUGACUCUUCCUCAGACACUGCUUGACCAGGUGGCUUGAGCAAGACUCCCGUUUGGUUACCGUGUCCAGAGAAACUGUGAUUAUACAGCGCUUCUCCUUCCCCUUCCUCUGCCCUCAGUGUUAAUUAACUUUAUAAAAAUAUAAAUAUAUAAUAUAUUUUUCUUUUUACAAAUAAGCCAAUGGAGAUAAUUUAGUAUUACUAACAUAGUAUUUAUAGGCUUAAGACAGAUGUACUUGUGGGUGAUCAAAUGUAGUUACUGUUACAAAUUUUACAAAACCAUAGUGGUUCUCAGGCAACAUAAAGCAGAGAGAGAAUUCUGUUUUUUAAAAACUGUCAAAAAGGAAAUUGAAAGUCAUCUUAGACUUAGAUGCUUGUGUCCUCAAUUCCUGCUUUUCAUUCCCACCCCAACUCCCAUUUUUUGUCUCCUUAAUAAAUGGCUUUAUUUUUUUAAUUUUUAAAAUUCUAUAUUAAUCAAGAGGAGACAUUAACUUCACUGCUUACACAAAACUGUAUUCAGCUAGAUCCAGAAUAUGAAAGUGUUGUAUAAGCUCAACAUCAAAUUAUUUACAUGUUCUCUUUUUAACUUAGAGUUUUAGCUCCUGUGCCUCAUUUUUUACAGUGUACGAAAAUCUAGAUGUUUAGCUAACAUCUUUUCUUUUGGGGGGGGAAGGGUAGAAGGAGGGAGUAAAGGUGCCAUUCUUUUAGGGAGGUACGUAAUUUUAAAAUAAUAUGCAAAGUCUAAUAUUCUGGCUAAAAGGACUGUUACAUAGCUCAUUUUAACUAUUGUGCUUGAACCUGGAUAGAAUGUUUCUUUUUUUGUCCCUAAGAAAUGGAUAUAAAUCAAGUUUGACAAGAAAUUUAAACCUACCAAAGCUUUGAAAAUGUUGCCAAGCAUUAGAUUGCAUAUAAAGAGAAGGUAAAGAGUGGGAAGUCUUACUAAAAAUCUGGAAGCAGUAGUCGAGACAACAAAAAAAACUCUUCGUCUUCAAAGUUCAUAUUCCCCAAAUUAUUUAUAUAGAAGCAUUAAACAGGCUCUUUUCUUCUGGGGCAAGGAGAGGUAUUUGACUCUGUAGUUGAGAUCAAAGGAAUAUUGACACUCUUGAAAAUGUGCGAGAUUCUUCUGUAGUAAAUAUAAAUGCAUUUAUCUGUGAUAUCCUGCAAUUAUUAUAAUAAUUUUGGUUAAACAUUUGUGGCAGUUUUCCCAAACUCUUUGUUUUCAAGCCUUGAAGCCUGUGGUGAAUUAUUAAGUUAUUUCAAAAAUAAAUUAAAUUUAGACAUUAGAACCACAAGAAAGCUGAGCUAGGUUCCUAUCCCAUGUAAUCAGAAACACACAUAAAUUCCAAAUCCUGGUUGUUUCACUGGACCUGAGAAUUCUAUUGGGAGAUAUUUGUUCUUCAAGGCUACCUCAUAAUUCACAUUAGCUAGAAAGGUAGGUGGUAUUUUGUACAUUAAUUUGGUAUAUAACCAGAACAACUUCCAUUCUGAAUUGCUUUGCUAAGUCAUCACAGAGCUGAGCUCUCCCAUGGUCAGGGAACUCCUUCCAACACCAAGUCAUAACCAUAUAAAGACCUGUUGAUCUAAGCUGUGACCUUUCAUUUGGCUCAGGAGUGGGAAGUUAGCCGUGGACUUUGUUUGGUGAAAUUAACCUCAUUCUCAUGGCUUUUCCUCCAUAGAGAAAUGUUUAUUUACACAUCCAGAGACAAGAAGAAAGGCAGAGAAUGUCUUGCUUUAUGUUUUUGUAUUGAUAAUGGUGAGAGCUGCCAUUUUUGAGCCAGCAUGCAUGCCAGCACUGUGCCGAAUGACUUACAUGCAUCACAUAUGUAAGUCAUAGUUACUAAUC